AUGCUGGUGAUUGCUAAUGUCAUUCAAUUUUGGCUCUUUCUUGUAUUCGUUAUUCCAUCGAUUCUAUGCUCCAUAUUCACUAUUUACCAUCUUCUCAUGAAUCGUACGCUUCGCAAUGCUCUCAACAAUCAUGUGGUCAUCAUCAUACUUAUUCUCUCUUUGAUUUUUGAUUUAACCGAUGUUGUAUGGUUAAUUGAUUAUUUUCGCACCGGUACAGCAUCGUUAUCAACAUACGCUUUUUGCCUUAUAUGGACAUAUAUGGAUUUUUCUCUAUUUGCAACUGUGAUAAUUCUUGUGGCGUGGGCAUCGAUAGAACGGCAUAUUCUGAUCUUUCAUAAACGUUUAGUUGCAACACGAAUGAAACGAUUUGUUUUUCAUUAUUUACCUAUGAGUAUAUUCACUAUCUAUCCAUUAUCGUACUAUUUUGCAAUGUUUUAUAUUUUACCGUGUAAUAUCACUCCUGAUUACACACAAUCUCGAUGUGGCUUGGCCUAUUGUGCAUUUUCAAGCGCAUCAAAUGGAAAGUGGAAUGGUAUUGCAAAUAACAUUGUACCUAUAUUUAUCAUUGUGAUGUUUAAUCUCGCUUUGAUUGCGCGGAUCUGGUAUACGAAAUAUCGUACUGGUCAAAGGUUUCAAUGGAAGAACUACCGAAAAUUGGCCGGUCAGCUUUUGGCAAUAUCGUCAAUUUUCUUUAUUUUCAUUUUUCCACCUAUGCUUUUAUAUACGGCCUAUUCAAUCGGUCUGCCGUUUGAUUUUGCUACUGACUAUUACAUCGUUAGUUUGUUCUUAACGUAUUUUGGCGCAUUACUUGUCCCGGUGGUAUGUGCUGUUUCGUUAUCAGAACUACGAACAAAGUUAUGGAAUACUUUUCGAAUUUUUCAUCGGCCACGAGUGCACAUGGUCCCUCAGAUUUUGCUAGUGAAUCAUCCAAGAGAUAACCAAAUAGUUCGAGAAACACAAUUUGGAUCAUAA